CUAGAGAAGCGCAGCGUGUUUUACGUCAAGCUCAACACGACGGAGAAAACGUACAAAGCGAGCGACGAGAAGCCAACGCUCUGGUCGAAGGAACCCCACGAUGCCCCACGAAUACGGCCGCACUUUAGUCUGGCCAAAACGUCGCACUUCCUGUUCGACCUCAACCGAUACCGUUGCGAUGGGACCAUUCCGGCGGACAGCAGCGAGUGCCACAAUCGGACCGCCCUGUUCCGGGCGAAAGUCAUCGGCGAGCUGAGAAAACGAAUGAAGGAACCGUUCCCCGAGAGUGACCAGUAUCGGGUGCGUUACAACCGGCCCUUCGUCCCCGUCGGACCGGGUCAGUGUCGGUUGAAGCGAGCGAACGUGCGAGUCCUGUCGUGGAAGGAGCCACCAUUCGCCUGGAACGAACUCGGAACCUACCUUCCGGUGACACCGCUCUUCGGUGCGGUCACGAACGCGACGUGCGUGAUUGUGGCCAGUGCGGGGUCGUUGAAGCGAUCACAGCUAGGCCCGUUUAUCGAUGGGCACGAUAUCGUGAUGCGGUUUAACCAUGCACCCACCGAUGGCUUCGAGGCGGAUGUGGGCUCCAAGACGACGAUCCGAGUGGUCAAUUCGCAGGUCGUAACGAAGCCCGAGUACCGGCUGCUGACUGCACCACUCUUCCGGAACGUCACGAUCGCUGCCUGGGAUUCGGGGAAGUUCGAUCAAAGCCUUCCCGAGUGGUUAGCCAAUCCGGACUUUGAUCUGUUUGAGAACUUUAAAAAGUUCCGAAGUCAGCACCCGUCGUCCAACUUUCACCUCAUCGAUCCUCGCAGUAUCUGGAGGGCUUGGACCGCGCUACAGGAUCUGACCCAGUCGCCGAUACGACAGAAUCCACCGACGUCCGGUUUUAUCGGACUGGGACUUUUGCUGCCCGUCUGCCGGCACAUCGACAUCGUAGAGUACAUCCCGAGCACCCGCAUGAACGGCCUGUGCCAUUACUACGACGAAGAGCUCAAUCUUGGCUGCACUUUCGGAGCGUGGCACCCGUUGGCGGCCGAGAAGCUGCUCGUCUUCCAGAUGAACGCGGCCAGCGACUACACCGUCUUCCAGCGGGGCACCAUACGCAUCUACAGUGAGCCACCCGGUGGCCAGUGCUAGAGAAGUGGGGGUGCCCUUCCGACGUAAAGGCACGCUUCCGGCACCUGUCACUCGGCACCCGGCAUGUGUGGCCGAUGAGUAAGGAGCAGCGGAAUGCUCCGAUCCGCGGUGAUGGUGGCGCAAAACAAUUAACAACGGAACGAAUUAAUUAAGCUAUUCAAAUCGACACUUGAGGUCGAGCCGACGCGUGGCCUAUCGUCACCUGGUCUGGCGGCCUCGUCGUCGUCGUUAGACAUUCCGCCCGAGGCGCGCUCCGUCUGCGAUCUGGCGGCGAUAGAAUAGGGCUCGGGCCGGCGAUGCGUGCCUGAGAAGGAUGUGCUUGGCAAUAAAGAA